AUGCAGUUGACGUUCUGCGACGGCCUGCCCGUCGACCACGCUUCUCCAGACGCGACUAGCAACGACCCGGAACAGAUUUGCACGACACAAUCACCAAAGAUUACCAGAGACUAUCCCAAUCCAGACACGGGCUUUCCUCCCUCGCCUUCGUUGGACAUUGCUGAAACCGCCCAGCUGCCUUCCAAACAGUCCCUGCACUUUCCUCCAUCGGCCAUUACCACGGCCCCCCAAACACACACGCCACUAGUUAUCCAUCCAUCAAGCUCCCCGUACCAAGGCAUGCCCAUGUGGCCCACACCACCUCCGACUUCUGACGACGAGUUUGAUGAGUAUACCUAUCGCUCCUCGCCGACGAGUGCGAGCUUUGGGCUUCAUGCCACAGCUGCCUUGUCCCCUCCAUCUCUGGUCCAUAGUCCCAGGUCUUGGUCACCAGCUGGAUCACAACAGUUCCCGUACCAAGAGGCGGCCUGGAAGACCCCAGACUUCACUCCUCCAUACGGUCUUCACAUGGGCACACAACUGCAGAUGGAAGACGCGUUCAAUCAACCGCUUGUCGCUUCCCCGUUCGCAGAUGACAGCUACCUAAGCAGGACCAUGGAGCCAGAGCCCAUGACACCAAGUGUCCCAUCCAUGACACCGGACCCUGCCGACUCGGCCAUGUCGGAUCAUAGCCUGUCCCCUGGGCCAAAUGAUGACCUGGAUAAUAGCUACACUCACAAUGAUGAGGGUACACCACCACCCGGGUCCAACGGACAGGAAGAGGAUGCCGAUUUGGACGCAGACGAAGCCAAUAGGCCUGAUGAACCGUAUGCACAGCUCAUCUUCCGGGCUUUCAUGAGCCGCGAGGAUCACGCCAUGACGCUGCAGGAAAUAUAUCAGUGGUUCCGCGAGAACACUGAUAGGGCAGUACCAGAGCAUAAGGGUUGGCAGAAUAGCAUCCGGCACAAUUUGAGCAUGAAUGGGGCCUUUGUCAAGCGUGAUAGAAGGGAGACACCAGAUGGUCCAGUUACUGAUGCUGGAACCCCCAGGAGGUCAACGGAAUGGAUUUUGCAAGACUGGGCAGUGAGGGAUGGUGUCCAAAGCACUACUCGAUACCGUCCCAGGAACAAUCCUGGCCGCAGGUCCACGGGUGCGCAUCGCUCCAAUCGGGGUCAUCAUGUCUCAGCACGAGCAACCUCUGGGCGACGAGGUGGCAUAACAGCCAGCAGGACCAGGCUGGCAGCUAGCCGUCGCACGGCUCUCAGAGGCUACGGCGGUGGCGUCUUCGCCAGCCGCAUUCCUCGUAAUGACUUUCAGCGACAACAGAAUUUCUACGGCCGAGCCCCAAGCAUGGACUUUGGCCAGGCUGCCAGGAGUGACCCUGCGACACCACCAGAAGUGCCCGCAGGUGAGCUGUUGUUCACCAAUACAAUGCAAGGCCCUCCGCCAAUGGGUUCAGUCACCAGCCACGGAUACUUUUUCGGGCAUGGAGAGCCUCAGCAUCAGCAGAUUCACUCCCCAAUCCCUCAUUCCCAUACUGGAGUCAACCCGUACAGACUCGAGGAUGUCACGGGCGUGUACGAGGCACCGACUAUCCAGAAUGCAGGAGUUCAGGUCGAAGCAUCGCACAUGGGGCAACUCUCUGCAUCAUUCGGCAACCUCUUCACGGAGGACAUGGGGGAGAGCACACAGGGCUCGGCUAUGGGCGUCGGCAAUAUGAACUACGGCUGGGGUGAUGGCAGUCAGUUUCAGUCAUAG